GUUCCCCCUUCCAAUCUGAUCAAAAACCCUAUUCGCUGUUCCUCUCCGUACCUUCUCCAGUUUGACCGUUUCGCUGCUCGAUCUCCGCCUCUAUUAGUCGUCUCUUACCAUGGCGGAUUCCGAAGUGCAGUUGGCUGUUGAUCAGGCCGCCGCAGAAGAAGUCAUGUCUUCGCCAGGAGUGAAAGUCGACGGAUCCAGCGGCGCAGCCGACGAGACCGUAACUGUCGGCGAAAGCCACAAGCGGAAAAUUGAGGAUCCGGAGUUCCGUGACGUCGGUGAAGAGACGCCACUCAAGAAGCAAGAAGUCGCAACCGAUUUCCCCGCCCUAGCUUCCGCCGACGACCCUAGAUCGGGCGAGGGAGAUAUCCCCGAAGCGGAUGUCGUACAAACGGACGACACAGAAAAUGACAACCAUAAGGUAGAGGUGUCUGAGGCCGCUGAAGUGAAAACCGAUAACCAGAUGCAACGUGAAGAUGCAGAAGUCAAUGAUGCCGUUGCUUCUGACACUGGCAAAGAGUUACAAGAAUUGGAAACUAAACCAGAAGAAAAUGGUAAGGUUCUGCCUGAAGAAAAUGUUGAGAGUGUCGAUGCACCUUCAGCAGAUGCAGUCAUAACAACUCGUAAAAUUGAAGUGCCUAACAAUAAGGUUGGUGUUCUUAUUGGGAAAUCUGGUGAGACAAUAAGAUACCUGCAGUACAACUCAGGUGCUAAAAUUCAGAUAACAAGAGAUGCUGAAGCUGAUCCAAGCUCUAAUUGUCGGCCAGUGGAACUAAUUGGGUCUCUGGACAGCGUUAACAGGGCUGAGAAACUCGUAAAGGAUGUCAUUGCUGAGGCUGAGGCUGGUGGUUCACCAUCCCUUGUGGCCAGAGGUUUUGGUACUUUACAAUCUGGUGGAGAACAGUUUGAAAUUACAGUGCCAAAUGAGAAGGUAGGUAUAAUCAUAGGCAAGGGUGGUGAGACUAUUAAAAAUCUACAAACUAGAUCUGGUGCUCGAAUACAGUUAAUUCCACAACAUCUACCUGAGGGUGAUGCAUCAAAGGAAAGAAUUGUUCGUGUAACUGGAGACCAAAGACAAAUUGAAUCUGCCAAACAAAUGAUCAAGGAAGUAAUGAAUCAGGCACCUAGACCAUCACCUCUAUCAGGUUACAACCAACAAAGUUAUCGUCAUCGCGGUUCAAAUUCUCAGCCCCAUUGGGGAGCUCGGGCAAAUUCUCCAGCACAACCUGCAGGCUUUGAGUACCAGCAACAAGGUACAUACCCACCACCACAGUCAGUUCAGUACCCUCAACCUUAUGGUGGCUACUCGCAGCAGUUUGCUCCACAAGGUGGCUUUAGCAAUAAUGCUGGUUGGGACCAGAGAUCAUCAGCCUCUGCUCAUAAUGCUCCAAGUAGCGGAUAUGAUUAUCAUGGCCACAGUGGUUUUCCUUCAAGAACACAAACACUGAUGGCCAAUCAGAUGUCUGGGCCAUCUCCUGCACCUAUGAACUAUGGGCAGUCUCAACCUCCAAAUUAUGGGCAUUCUGCUCCCUAUGGACAUCCAACUCCUACACAACAAAACUAUGGUCAAGGAUAUAAUGACCCCCGAUAUGAUACUCAAGCACCAGGUCAGCAAUUUUAUAACCAGCAGACUAUGGGAUCUCAAUCAAAUAUCUAUGGCCAAGGAACUGCUCCCCAGUCUGGUUACAGCCAACAACCAUCAUAUAACAAGCAAGCUUAUGGUGCACCUCAGGAGGGACCUACUUAUGGCAUGCCACCACGAGGAAACCAACUUGGAGAUCCAACUUAUCAGGGUCAUGCGCCAUCAUAUGGAUCUGCUCCUCAGCAAUAUCCUUAUGGAUCCAAUGCAGCUUCUCAAUCAGUGCCUGCUUACAAUCAGACUUAUGGACCUGUAUCUGGUGCUGUAGAUGGGUAUGCUCAGACAACAUCGGCAACUUUUGGACAAGCACCGGGAUACCCUCAACCAACAGCCUCACAACCUUCUGGUUAUGGACAGUACCCCACACCCCAACCAGGUUACAGCGACCCUGCUGCAGGUAAUACUAAUUAUGGGUAUCAUGGUGGUUCUGCAGAAGCAGCUUACAGCAGUAACGCCCCAGCUUCAGGUUAUGGUGCUCCACCAGAUGCAGGCAGCCAGCCAGGUUACGCUCAGCAGCCAGCAAAUCCACCUGGGUAUCAGUACGAUUCUACUGCUCCAUAUGCUCAUCACUGAUGCAGUUAUAUAAUACUGCUAAUCUUUAGUUACCAUAUAUAUGAUUUUAAACUUUUCAACAUCUGUGCUGGGAAAUGAUUUCAGCUUUUUGGCAUCUGUGCCAAGCGGCUCCAGGCUAUUCCCUUGUUAACUAUUGCUCAGAGUAGAUCAUUUUGUCUGUGCUAAAUACUCAGUAUGAAAACUAUUGCCUUGGACAUUAGCCUAUCUUUUUUACAAUGGCAGUUGGACUUUGUAACAUGCCAAAUAUAGCUUAUCAGGUUUGUGCCUUUUUCCA